CUUGACUCACAGCACCACCAGCUUUGCCACUCCAUCAUCACCAGCGUCUGUUAUUUUUCUGCAACAAAGGCAUAUCGCUCUCUGCUUUGAAAAGGGUUACAUAGACGAUAUCGAAUUCUUUUUCCUUGCAUUUUCUUUCUUCAAAGUACAUUGUUCCGGCUGUUCGAUACACUACAUCUACCCCGCCAAACGCCGAGUGCAGGCAUCUAAAAACACAGUCAUGGCGACAUCAAACACCACCAGCGAGCCAAUCUUGCCUAUUGAUGGCAAGCGCAACGUUCUCGUUACCAGUGCUCUCCCUUACUCCAACAACUUGCCCCAUCUCGGCAACGUCAUCGGCAGUGUCUUGUCUGCUGACGUCUACGCCCGCUACUGCAGAGCCAGAGGCUACCAGACUCUCUACGUCUGCGGAACUGAUCAAUAUGGUACCGCUACCGAGACAAAAGCCUUAGAAGAGGGCGUCGACCCCGCUACCCUCUGCGCCAAGUACCACGCCCUGCACAAGUCGAUUUACGACUGGUUCCGCAUCGAUUUCGAUAUUUUCGACAAGACCCCCACCCAGCAUCAGACCGAUAUUGUCCAGGACGUAUUCAAGAAGCUCUACCAAAAUGGCUACAUCCUUGAAGAUGAGACCAUUCAGCCUUUCUGCCCCGUCGCGACACACAACACUUUCCUUGCUGAUCGCUUUAUUGAAGGCGAAUGCUCCAUCUGUGGCGAUAAGGGCGCCAGAGGUGAUCAGUGUGAUGCUUGUGGUGGUAUUCUGGACCCUCUCAAGCCAGAAGAUUCGACUACUGCCGAGGGUGAAGAGACUACAGAGCUCAAGGCUACUGGCUGGCUUGUCAACCCGCGGUGCAAGGUCGACGGCACUACGCCCGAGGCGCGCAAGACCAAGCAUCUCUACCUCAAGCUCGAUGCUAUUGAAGAUAAGCUCAAGGAGUGGUACGGUGGUCUCACCAAGAACGGAUGGAGCACCAACGCUCUCGCCAUUACACAGUCCUGGAUGGACAAGGGUCUGAAGCCCCGUGCAAUCUCCAGAGAUCUCAAGUGGGGUGUGCCCAUCCCUGUUGUCGACGGCCUCGUCACCGAAGAUUACUUGAAGAAAGUCUUUUAUGUGUGGUUCGAUGCCUGCAUUGGCUACGUCUCCAUCACCAAGACUUACACUGACGGCGAGAACCGCAACGGCAAGAAGUGGGAGCAGUGGUGGAAGAACCCCGAGAAGGUCCAGCUUAUGCAAUUCCAGGGCAAGGAUAACGUUGGUUUCCACAGCAUCGUUUUCCCGUCGUCGCAGCUCGGCACCCACGAGAACUGGACCAAGGUGCACCGCAUCUCGGCCACAGAGUACCUCAACUACGAGAACGGCAAGUUCAGCAAGUCCCGUGGUAUUGGUGUCUUCGGUAACAACGCCAAGGAUACCGGCAUCGACCCCGAUAUCUGGCGAUUCUACCUGCUGUCGCGCCGCCCCGAAUUUGCCGAUUCCGAGUUCAAGUGGGAGGAAUUCAUCGACACCAACAACAACGAGCUUUUGAAGAACGUCGGCAACUUUAUCCAGCGUACUCUCAAGUUCUGUGUGGCCAAGAUGGACAGCACCGUUCCCGCCUCCACUUACACCGAUGCCGCCAUCGACGCUCACAAGGAGGCUACCAACAAGGCCCUUACCACAUAUAUCGAGCAUCUCGAGGCUACUAAGCUGCGUGCUGGUGUCUCUGACAUCCUUGCCAUCUCCUCACUUGGCAACAAGUUCUUGCAGGACAGCGGCCUGAACAACAAGCUGCUGGCUGACGAGCCCGACCGCUGCAACGCCGUCAUCAACGUCGCCAUGAACCACGUCUACCUCCUUGCCUCCCUUGUUGCGCCAUACAUGCCCAACGUUGCCGCUUCCAUCUUCACCCAACUCGGCAGCGAGCCUUCACCAUCCAUUCCCGAAGUGUUUGACUUUGCCUCCGUAUCUGGCGGCCAGAAGAUUGGCACACCCGAGCCCCUCUUUGCCGUCAUCCCUGCUGCUAAGCUUGAUGAGUGGCGCGACGCUUACGGUGGUGAGGAGCUUAAGAAGCAAAAGGCUCUUGAGGCUGAGAAGGCUGCUGCCAAGAAGGCUAAGAAGCUCGCUGAUAAGGAAAAGAAAGCUAAGAAGAAGGCUGAAGAGGCCAAGGCUAAGGAGGCUGGAGUAGAGGCAGACGUUGCUAAACUUUCCGUUGAGGAGAAGAAAUAGAGGACCCGGAAAAGUUUUGGAGUUGUGGUGUUUGCUGUGUUGCAGAGCAUAUGAUACUAUGAGAGCGGAGGCGCAGGAUUAGUUUAACAGGAUUAUUUACAAAAAUAUUCAACUAUUGCAGAAAGAAUGAGUCCAAUCAAUUGACUAAAACAUUGACUGUAAUUUAAAUAUUUAGCUAUGAUUAACUAUCCUCUGAUAGGAAUAAUGUGAUUCUGUAGUCGUAGGGUAUUUGUCUGGGUUCAGCGACG